CUCCCAAUGGCCUGGUGCACGAAGCUGGUGGCGAGCGCCCUGGCUCUGUGCCUGCUGCUAGGGCCUCCCGGCUUUGCAUGGUACAAGCCGUCGGCUGGGCCUCGCCACUACUCGGUGGGCCGUGCCUCAGGGCUGCUGUCAGGCUUCCGCGGGACUCCUUCUGCGCGGCGCUCCAAGUCUAUAGUUGAAGGUUUGGGAUUCCCACGCUCACACCGAGCCACCGACCCCGGGAAGCUGCGUCCGGGAUUUCAGACCCUUAGAAGCUUGCGCGGGUGGCCCCCCACGGCCAUGUGCAUCCGGGACGUCGCCCCACACCUGCAAAACUACGAGCAGUUCCACGAUGACCGCGGGACCCUCCAAUGCACCGCCAACAUCUUCCUGUCGCUGCGCCCCAAAGGCUGCCGCCGCACCUGAACCUCAGACCCCAAGUCCAGACCCAGCUGCCCUGACACCUACUGGCUGUUCCCAGACUCACAGGCCAUG